GGGUGGUGGUAUUGGUCACGACCAGGUUCACCUCUCGGCCUUACCAUACCACUGUACAUAAAAACAACCUUCAAAUUAACAAAACUUACAAUCAAAUUUUUGAAAGGUAAAAAUAAAAAUAAAAAUAAAAAUUGAGGGUUUUCUUUUCGGAUAUACUCCUUCAUCUGUACGAUCCUGUUUUCCAUUAUCCACAACUUGAAAGUCAGCAUCUGCAUCAAUCACAAUUCUUUCUUCACUUUCCAGAUCUAUGCCGUUUUUGCGGCUAUUACUACCUCGUCGUUUCGAUCUACCGGUUGCCGUUUCCAUGGCUCGUGACGCAGCACCACCUCGUUUCCGUUUAGAUCGCGUGAUGUAACUUUCGAACCUAACCUUUUGCUUCGAAAAGCAUUCGAAACGGAACAAGGAUCUUUCUUCGAUUCUCUUUGUGCGUUUGUUAGCGUUUUCUUCUUCACCUGAAAAGAAAAGAAAAAAACUCUUCUUCACUAAAUCGUUGUCUCCGAUUGAUUGAUUUUUGCUUCGAGUAUGGAUUUGGACGAUUUCCGAUCCAUAUUGGAGACGGCUGGCGUCGACGUGUGGAUGUUCAUUGACACCGCAAUCGCCGUCGCUUCAGCCGAUUACGACGGCGAAUUGAAGCACCGGAGAGACGGAAUCGUCGAGCGCCUCUACGCCGCGACUUCCGCUCCACCGCAGUGCCGGAAUUGCGAAGGAAACCACCGUCUCAAUACCAAUGGCCACCAAGUGAAGAAACAGAGCAGCCCUAGCCCCAGCCCUGAACGACAACAACAACACCAACACCAACAUCGUGGUGCCUCUUCCCCCGCAACGCCGCAGUCUCUCGGAAACGACAACGACAACCACGACGAGUUAGAUCCUUACGGUGGCUUGUUCGAUGAUGAGCAGAAGAAGAUUCUAGAGAUUAAAGAGCAACUCGAAGAUCCUGACCAGUCUGAAGAUUCUUUGGUGGAGUUGCUGCAAAAUCUUGCGGACAUGGAUAUCACAUUCCAAGCGCUGAAGGAGACUGACAUAGGAAGGCACGUGAAUCGGUUGCGAAAGCAUCCCUCCAAUGACGUUCGGAGAUUGGUGAAGCUUCUUGUCAGGAAGUGGAAGGAGAUUGUAGAUGAGUGGGUGAAGCUGAAUCCACAAAGAGGAAGGAGCACUCUCAUGGCUGAUGGAGAUUCGCCUCCCCAGAAAACCACCCUAAACGGGCAUCAUCCUCAGAUUCCUGAUUUUGCUAACUCGCCAAAUCCACAUAAUGGGAGUUCUGGGUCUGACCGCAACAACUCUGAAGCAGAACUAAAACCAAAACCAAAAGUAAUUCAUCGCAAUGAAGCUCUGCCCAAAUCAACGCCAUCACCAUCAGUUCCUACCCCUGCUUCUGCCCCUCUAAAAAGACAGUUAGAACAUAGAGAGAGCAAUUUUGAUGCGGAGAGACUUGCUUCGGCAAGAAGACGGCUCCAAGAGAACUACAAAGAAGCUGAAAAUGCCAAAAAGCAAAGAACGAUUCAGGUGAUGGACAUCCAUGAAUUACCAAAGUCAAAACCCAAGAAUGCCUUCUUUGGAAAGAACAAAGGCGGUGGUGGUUCUCAGGGAAGGCACUGGUGAUACAUGUUACAUAAUUGGUGCCAUUGUACGUGGGAAAAAAGGCUUGUGGGGGGUGCUGGAGAAAGUCCUAAACCCGGUUCAUCCCUGUUGAUUUUUCCUCCCGAUGAUAAACCUAUUCUUUCUUGUGGCUUUUAUUUACUUAAACUAAUAAAUGACCGAAGGAAAAAAAUCACAAUAUUUUUCUUUUUGAAAGGGUACUUACCAACCACCAACUUUUGUCGGUAUGUUGAGGAGCACAUGAUUUCAGGAAUUAGGAUGGGGAUGGGAUUGAUAGUGCCGUGGUGUAGGUUGAAAAAGGGUUUUCCCUAAAGAUUUUAAAACGUUUUUUCGGGUUGAAGUUUUAAUUUAAGUAUAUUGG